AUGUUAGUAGUAAUAUCAUUUAUCACUCGGCUGCUCUACCGGUUUCGUGGGCAAUCAGAGCCCGAGGCCAAGGGUGGCGUGUUGUCUACUCUUCGCAUUCAUCGUUCGAGUGCUGUCCCUUUCGAGUCCGUCUGUAAAGUCGGACGUGGCAACAACUGUACAGCGCCGACUGCCUGGGAGAUGACCGCGCUGUUCAAGCAACAGCAGACUCCACUCGUUGAUGGUCAUGCCGAGGCCGCGGCAGAGCCGAGGAUCAUGGCUCAUUCGAGCCGAGACCUGUUCGUCAAACGCGUCGAGGAUGUAUCCCGUCUGGCCAACGGGAAGCCUGGUUUCCCCACCUCCAGGAGCCUGCAUUUGCCUGAGCUAGUUGGUGAAGGUCUUUUUUCUCAAUCGGAAGAAACCACCGAUCCGCAGGGCGCCGGGCAAGGAAGAUACGUCUGUGGCAACCGGAACGGAGAUGUGAAGAUUCCGGAUCAAGUGAAUGGUUGGCAGAACGAGCAGAAUCCUCAGCCGACGUUCCAGCCUCUCGACGAGGGGUCAACUUGUGACUCCACCACCAUAAGCCUUAGCAUCAGUCCAAAAGACUUGAUGCUUCCGGCUAAGACGGACUGUCGACAACCCGUAGCCCUAACGACGGCUGACCGGCAGGUUGGCAACCGUAUGGUCGGCAACCCCGACAGCACUGAGGGACGUACAGCCAAGGACACUGUCUGUCUUAGCGGGUAUCAUCACAUCGACAGAGUCGGUCAGAUCUGCACCACCGGCGGCCACAAAAGUGGACACGACAGAGGCCUGAACGAUCAGCCGACUCAAAAGCAGACUCUUGGACUAAUCGGGGAAACUGAUCUGUCCACGCAGUCUUCCGCAACUGUUCAAGCAGCUGAAGAGAGCAUGAGCCAGACGCUGUCGGCAUGGCAACCAUCCAUUUCGUCGUCUGCAUCGAAACUGCAUACGGCUUGGAUGCCGACCCAUGGGACAACGACGAUGAUGAUGACAACUACGACGGCGGCAACGACGACGUCGACGACGACGACGCCAACGGUGUCGAAUGGGGGCGAAGUCAGGCAAAUAACUGCGGGCAUCAACAAAGAAAAUGGGUAA